AUGAAUUUUGAAGCCCAUAAAGAAGAUGCCAUCACACAUAUCGAGCACUCUUCUCCUACGCCAGCGCAGAAAGUCGAGAAGGCAGACGCGGCGGCCGAGUUCCUGGCCAACGCUCAUGUCGAUGAUGCAUCGUUCUCAUACGAAGAAGAGCGCGCUGUUCUCAAGCGCGUAGACUAUCGCGUCCUUCCUCUUCUGCUAGGAGCCUACUUCUUCCAGCAGCUCGACAAAUCCUCUUUGUCUUACGUCUCCAUCUUCGGUCUACAAGCAGACGCCAAACUAGUAGGACGUCAAUACUCAUGGCUUGGCUCUAUUCUAUACUUGGCCCAACUAGUCAUGCAGCCCCUCGCAGCCUUCCUCCUGGUCAAGUUGCCCACGGGAAAAGUUAUCGGAACAGCCAUCUUCCUCUGGGGUAGCAGUUGGCUAUCAUGGCGGCCUGUACAGACUUCAAAAGCCUCCUCGGUCUGCGGUUUGUAUUGGGAUCCUUCGAGGCCAUGA